AUAGCAUCUUUUUUCUUUUGGUUGAUUGUUUUCCUCAUUCCAUUCCCAUUUUUUUCUUUCAUAAAUCCAUCCCAAUUCCCAUUCCCAUUCCCAUUCCCAAACAACAACAACAACAAUUACAAUCACCCAUAAUAAUACAAACGAAACCCUAAUUACACAAGUUCUGCAUAAAAUUUCAUCCAAUUUUAUUUCAGUAAAUUAUCACAAAUGAGUGACAAAUUAAAUACGCAUCAAAAAGGCAUCAUGACUGAAGAAGAUGUUUCCACCAUCUUACAAAGGUAUACAGCUACAACAGUGCUGGCAUUGUUACAAGAAGUGGCUCAAGUUCAUGAUGCAAAACUCGAUUGGAAAGCGUUGGUUAAACGGACCGCAACCGGUAUAAAGAGUCCCAGGGAAUACCAAAUGUUGUGGCGACAUUUGGCGUAUCGUCACGACUUAGCCGAAAAGUUAGAAACUGAGGCUAAACCUUUGGAUGAUGACAGUGAUUUAGAAUAUGAGCUGGAAGCUUUUCCACCUAUUAACAACGAGGCUUCAUCGGAGGCUGCGGCAUGUGUGAAGGUACUGAUAGCUUCUGGUUCAACAUCUCAUUCUGGCUUAGAAAAGGGGUUGACCAUUGAAGCUCCAUUGACUAUAAAUAUACCUGGUAGCAAGUCAACUGGAAAUUCAUCAGAAAAUCCACUAAGUGUAAGAGGGACCAACAUUACAGUUCCAGUUUCAGUUCAAAGACAACCACACCCUGUAGUUGCAACAUCUACAGAAGAAUUGGAUAAAAACGGUCCUGUAUUUAGCAGCUUUCCUCCUCGUAAGAAAAGAAAGCCUUGGUCUGCAGCUGAAGACAUGGAACUGUUUGCUGCGGUUGAGAAAUGUGGUGAAGGGAAUUGGGCUACCAUUUUAAAAGGAGGUUUUAAGAGUGAUAGAACUGCUUCACAGCUUUCUCAGAGAUGGGCUAUUAUCAAGAAGCGGAACGCCAAUGCAAAUGUGAAGCCUGGUACCCAACUUUCUGAGGUACAAUUGGCAGCUCGACGGGCGCUUAACAUGGCCCUCGAUCCACCUGGAGGGGAUAGUUUGAAGACAUCUUCUACACUUGGUAGGACAAAAUCGAGCAUCACCAAUAUUACACCCAUGCGUUCCAUUUUCCCCGACAGUCCAUCUACUUCCACCCUUUUUCAUGAUCAGCCCUGUGAAGAUACUUCUGCCCAAAAAAAAACAUUUCAUAAAAUUCGACCCAAGACAUCACCAAAAUCUCUAACCAAUGGCCCGGAUCCAAUAAAAGCUGCUGCAGUUGCUGCUGGAGCCCGCAUUGCAACCCAGACCCCUGCUGCAGAUAUGUUAAAGCAACGUAUGAAGUCCGCCAUUCAUAUCAAAACAAAUGCUACGAACUUCCGUAAUCUCCCUUCACCACUUGCCUUGCGGCCUCAAGAUCAUAAUGCAAUUGUGGGACCCCCGGUACAGUUUAUUCCAGUCAGCGCUGCUCAAGAAACAAAUGGUGUCACAAGUUCCAGCUCAGCAAACUCGUCAAAAGUGGUCCAAGAAGAUCAGGCUACUACUAUCACGGCAAAAGUUGAAACUUUACAAGAUACUUCAGAAAAGGAAGUUAAAGAAGAUGCAGCUUCGUCUAUCGUCGAACCUAUGAUCAUGGAAACCUGCGACUGAAAGAACCAAGCAAGAGCAAUAGUGGCCAUGAAAAUUAGGUUCUUUGUUGUAUUCAGUUUUGGUAGGAAUGGUAACUUCAUAUGCUUUUGCAACUCAUAUAUGUGACUGUCUGCUGGAUGCUGUAUACAGUUCUGUUAGAAAUUGUCAGAUAGCUUUACUUACAAGUUUAUGAAAGUGGCAGAUAGAUGUUUUUCCUGGUCA